UUCCAAUUUUCCAGUUUUCUACAGUUAGGCAAAUGAUGUCACAUAAAUACAGGUGAACACUUUGAAAAGCUGAAACAUAAGCUCUGCUCUGAAUCAAUGGCUUCUCACUUGUACACAAAUUCACCUCAAAACCUUCACUUUCUUGCUUAUUCUUCUUCUUCUCCCUUUAAACCUCACUUGUACCUCUCUAUCAAACGCAUAAAACUACAACAAUCCUCAGCAUCUUCCGUUCAAGUCCGUUGCGCAACGCAGAGCUCUCAGAGAUGGUCUCUACAGGGGAAAUCUGCUCUUGUCACCGGCGGUACUCGCGGGAUUGGGCGUGCGAUUGUGGAGGAACUUGCUGGUCUUGGAGCAGAGGUUCACACUUGUGCUCGUAAUGAGAGCGAGAUAGAGAAUUGUUUGAGAGAUUGGAACAGUUCUGGUUUACGAAUUGCUGGCUCGGUUUGUGAUGUCUCUGAUCGAGCUCAGCGAGAGGCGUUGAUGGAGACUGUGUCAUCUGAAUUUGACGGGAAGCUUCAUAUCCUUGUGAACAAUGUUGGGACAAACAUUAGAAAACCAAUGGUGGAGUUUACAGCUGGUGAAUUUUCAACUCUCAUGUCGACGAAUUUUGAAUCUGUUUUUCAUUUAUGCCAACUUGCUUAUCCGCUUCUUAGAGCAUCUGAGGCUGGGAGUGUUGUGUCAAUCUCUUCUGUUUCUGGUUUUGUCUCGCUCAAGAAUAUGUCGGUACAGUCUGCAACAAAAGGAGCAAUCAAUCAACUAACGCGAAGUUUGGCUUGCGAGUGGGCCAAGGACAAUAUAAGGAUCAAUGCUGUUGCCCCGUGGUAUAUCAAAACAUCUAUGGUGGAGCAAGUCCUUAGCAACAAAGACUACCUAGAAGAAGUCUACUCAGUAACUCCUCUUGGUCGGCUUGGUGAACCGAGUGAGGUGUCUUCUGCAGUUGCUUUUUUAUGCCUACCUGCAUCUUCAUAUAUUACAGGGCAGAUUAUUUGUGUUGAUGGAGGAAUGUCAAUAAAUGGUUUCUUCCCACAACAUGACUAGGCCACUCUGUCGUUUUACUAGUUUCAUUGGGAUCCUUAGUUUAUCUUGUUUCUCCCGUGAAAGACAGUUCUUCAUAUGAGACUUAGACAGCUUUCUGCCUUCUGCUCUACUGAGUAUUUACGUUGUGCUACAAAAGCUACUGUUAGUGAAAAAGAUAAUUUAGCAUCAGAUGGCGGGAUUAAGUCUAUCAAUUAUAAUUUUGUUUGUUCAUGUGGUGGAAAGUUGUCGAGGAACUUUUCAUGUCAUGACUUUUAUGAUAACAAAAACUUAUGUUUCGUGACUCGUCCAUGAGUGUUCAGUGGAUUGUAUUCUGUGUCUUGAACCUGCACUCAUACUAUGUUUUUCCUUGAUUCA